GCCCCGCCUCCCGCGAGUGCGGCCUCGGCUUGCGGCGGCUCCAGCUGACAGCCGCGGUGGUGAGGUCUUGUGUGGCUGCCAGGAUGGCGGAGGACCAGGAGUUCACCCAGCUCUGCAAGUUGCCUCCACAGCCCUCACACCCGCACUGCGUCAGCAACACCUACCGGAGUGCGCAGCACUCCCAGGCCCUGCUGCGUGGGCUGCUGGCCCUCCGAGACAGCGGGAUCCUCUUCGACGUCGUCCUGGUGGUGGAGGGGAAACACAUUGAGGCCCACCGCAUCCUGCUGGCUGCGUCCUGCGAUUACUUCAGAGGAAUGUUUGCUGGGGGACUGAAGGAGAUGGAGCAGGAGGAGGUGCUGAUCCACGGCGUGUCUUACAAUGCCAUGUGCCAGAUCCUGCAUUUCAUAUACACGUCAGAGCUUGAGCUCAGCCUGAGCAACGUUCAGGAGACGCUGGUGGCCGCCUGCCAGCUUCAGAUCCCAGAAGUCAUCCAUUUCUGCUGUGAUUUCCUCAUGUCCUGGGUGGAUGAGGAGAAUAUCCUUGAUGUCUACCGGCUGGCAGAGCUAUUUGACUUGAGCCGCCUGACCGAGCAGCUGGACACCUACAUCCUCAAAAACUUUGUGGCCUUCUCAAGGACUGACAAGUACCGCCAGCUCCCCCUGGAAAAGGUCUACUCCCUCCUCAGCAGCAACCGCCUGGAGGUCUCCUGUGAGACCGAGGUCUACGAGGGUGCCCUGCUUUACCACUACACCCCAGAGCAGGUGCUGGCCGACCAGAUCUCGCUGCACGAGCCGCCUAAACUCCUCGAGACCGUGCGGUUUCCGCUGAUGGAACCUGAGGUCCUGCAGCGGCUCCACGACAAGCUGGACCCAAGCCCUCUGCGAGACACAGUGGCCAGUGCCCUCAUGUACCACCGGAACGAGAGCCUGCAGCCCAGCCUGCAGGGCCCACAGACAGAGCUGCGGUCGGACAUCCAGUGUGUCGUGGGCUUCGGGGGCAUUCACUCCACGCCGUCCACUGUCCUCAGUGACCAGGCCAAAUACCUGAACCCCCUGCUGGGAGAGUGGAAGCAUUUCACUGCCUCCUUGGCACCCCGGAUGUCCAACCAGGGCAUCGCGGUUCUGAACAACUUUGUGUACUUGAUCGGAGGGGACAACAACGUCCAGGGAUUCCGUGCCGAGUCCCGGUGCUGGAGGUAUGACCCACGGCACAACCGCUGGUUCCAGAUCCAGUCCCUGCAGCAGGAGCAUGCAGACCUGUGUGUGUGUGUUGUGGGCAAGUACAUCUACGCCGUGGCGGGCCGUGACUACCACAAUGACCUGAAUGCUGUGGAGCGCUAUGAUCCCGCCACCAACUCCUGGGCCUACGUGGCCCCGCUCAAGAGGGAGGUGUACGCCCAUGCAGGCGCAGCGCUGGAGGAAAAGAUGUACAUUACCUGUGGCCGCAGAGGGGAGGAUUACCUGAGGGAAACUCACUGCUAUGACCCAGACAGCGAUACAUGGCACAGCCUGGCAGAUGGGCCGGUGCGGCGGGCCUGGCAUGGCAUGGCCACCCUCCUCAACAAGCUGUACGUCAUCGGGGGCAGCAACAACGACGCCGGCUACAGGAGGGACGUGCACCAGGUGGCCUGCUUCAGCUGCACAUCUGGGCAGUGGUCAUCGGUCUGCCCGCUCCCAGCCGGGCAUGGCGAGCCUGGCAUGGCCGUGCUGGACAACAAGAUCUACGUGCUGGGCGGCCGCUCGCACAACCGUGGCAGCCGCACAGGCUACGUGCACAUCUAUGAUGUGGAGAAGGACUGUUGGGAGGAGGGGCCGCAGCUGGACAACUCCAUCUCGGGGCUGGCCGCCUGUGUGCUCACCCUGCCCCGCUCCCUGCUCCUUGAGCCACCCCGCGGGACCCCUGACUGGAACCCUGACCGUAGCCAGGCCGACCCAGACUUCGCCUCUGAAGUGAUGAGUGUGUCUGACUGGGAGGAGUUUGACAACUCCAGCGAGGACUAGGCCCUGGUGCCAGGUUCAGAGGGGAGGGUGGUGGGAGCUCCGGGGUGGGGGCAGAGGCCCCGGAGGCACCUGGACCAGUGCACUUUACUCCAGGGUGCAGGAGGCCUUCCCCCAGCACCUGGUGGCUUGCCUGCCCAGCCACCCUUUCUUCAAGCCAGCGCCUUGCCAGCCUUCCACAGGCAUGGAGGAGUUGUGCAGUGUUGUUGCUGUGGACUGUCACAAUGAGAAAUGUUCACGAGAGGCAUGGUCCUCUGAAGGAGUUUACUACGCCUGUCCCCCUCAGUGUGGACAGGGCCCGCCAUCACCAGCUGUCUUGGCCUGGCCCCACUCACUCCCUGGUUCCGGUCCUUGCUAGGGUGAGAAAGCCACCCUUCCCCAAAGGGAUCUGGCCACUGGCAGCCCUGGGUGGGGAGGCUGGGCACAUUGAGCCCCUUUCUGUGGGUAGAGGGUAGGGGAAGCGUGGGGACCGAAGGACGGCAGGAGCAGCUCCUCCGCCCAGCAGCCCACACAGCAGCCCCCAAAAGGCCUCGAGGGAGAGGAGACAGAUAAAGUUGUCUGGGACUGGUUCUGGCAGAAAAAAGAUCCCCUACAGCUGGGUUUUUCUGAUCCCAUGUUGUUAUUAAAUGAAAUAAAGCAUCUUGCAAAAGGU